UUUGUUCCCGCUGCUCCCUCCCGCCGAUCCCCACACUGAUCCUGUCCCCUGUCCCCUCCUUGUGGCGCUCCUUGACGGCGGCUGCAGGCGGUGCAGGGUCUCCUGCCGUCGGGGGACACUGUGGAGAGCCGGCUGCUGGGCCUGGUGGAGAGCCGCGGGCAGCACGCGUGGGAUCUAUGUGUACACUCACCGGCGGAUGGCCAUCACAGCGGAGGACGUCUGGCUGGAGAGAGUCAUCCCCAUCACAGAUGGGUUUGCAGUGGAAGAAGUUGUGCUCGACAGUGACCUUCACGUCAUUGGCUCGGACGUGACCGUCCAGAUCAGCUCAGCAGGCGAUCGACUGACAGUGCAGCUGCCCUUCGGCUCCCACACGCGCACGUUCCUGCAGGAGGUCGGCAGGUGCAGCCCAGGUAGGAGCUCCACGGUGCGGAUGUGGCGGUGCCUUCGGCUCCGGCGCUGCGUCUGUCCCGCCUUGGCGUCUCCUGCCCGAGCUCGCUCGGCGCUGUGGCGGGUCGCGAUUCCCCACCGCAGGCAGCUCGGCAGCGACCGUCCGCGUUCCGGGGGGCAGAGGCGGCUGCUCCGUGCCGCAGGCGGCGGCGGCUCCGCGGGCCCGAG